AUGAAUACCUCAUACACCCCACAGGCGCAAAUCAUUCGCGACAACUGCGAGUUCCUCAAACCUAGACCCAGAGUCCACAACCAGCGCUCAACGAUCCAGCACUGGCAACUGCGAGAUCUGAUCACUUGUCCCAAGACCAGCGAAGAGUUCAUUUAUGUUAAUCAAAAUGCAGUAAACAGCUAUAAUACUCGAACAAAGAUUACUACGCACCUGAUGAAGGAUCUUCCAUUCCAACCUACGUCUUUGACAGCUGCAUGCGGAUACCUUGCUGCUGGUGGACAGCGCAACCAAUUGAUGGUCAGACAGAUGAACAGCAACUGGUUUGCGCAUACAAAUGUCGGCGGGUCGAUCAACAAUGCGCUUUGUAUCUCGGAGCAUCUAGGAGGGACACGUCUGCUAAUUAGUAACAAUGAUGAAACCAUUAAAGUAUAUUCCUUGCCAGGACUACAACGUCUGACCAGCAUCCAAUUGCCAACGGCUGUCAACUAUGCGUCUGUGAGCCCCGAUGGACGUAAGAUGGUAGCAGUCGGCGACUCGAAUCAAGUUUUUUUAUAUGACAUCUCAGCAGCGGGCUAUCAAAAAAUUGGCACUUACACAGCAACAACGGAGGCAAGUUUUUCAUGUGCCUGGAAUCAAUCUUCAGAAAAGUUUGCAGUAGCAAAUCAAGAUGGAUAUGUCAGUGUCUGGGAUAUUCGCCAUAGCGAGAAGCUUUGUAAACUUGGAUCAAAGCAGCAACCACAAUCAAAAGGCGCUACGCGAUGUGUCAAGUUCUCGUCAUCCGGGUCGAUUGAUCUGCUUCUAUAUAGUGAGCAUGUAUCCUACAUCAACUUGGUUGAUGCGAGGACCUUUAAUGAGAGGCAGAUUGUUCGUGUUGCGCCGCCGACUAAUGACGAACACAUCUCGGGCAUUGCAUUAAGCCCCGACAGCAAAGUCUGUUUUGUUGGUUUGGAGAACACAGUUCUUGAAUUCGAUGUAGAUACAGUUACACGAAGGAGCUUUCCUUCUGGAAGCCUUAUUUAA